AUGAUCACAAAUACAGGAAGUGCUCUCAAUUGCAGAAACUCCAGGUUUCCAGAAAUUCAAGAAGCAGCUGGAGACACUGGUGCAGUGGCCGAGAGUUGUGUGGAUAGCAUGUUUAGAGAAGUGGUCAUGCCACACCUCAAAGGACUGGAAGAAGAAAAGGGAUGGGUGAUUGCAAGGCAGCCCAAGAGAAACAGGCAACUGAUACAUGAGUCCCCUGUGAUCCCAGUGACAAACCUGUUUUCCAUUUUGGCGGCUGAUGGGCUGGCUCCUGCAGAGAGUGUAGACAUAGUCAAGUUUCCGGCUUUCACAAACAAUCUGACUGUACAGGAGGGGAGGAAAUAUAAAGGAGGAGCUGUAGUGACAGGGGAUUCAUUAAUUAUGGGAACAGACAGGCGUUUCUGGGGCUGUCAGUGUAACUCCACGUUGGUAUGUGUGCGACAUGUGGCAUGCAAGUUGGUCUGUUUGUAUGACUGUGCUGAACCCAAUGAAGUGACACUGCAAAGACAAGUACUGAUGUUCAUGAAAACUGGAAAAAGCUGGCUGGAUUAUAGGAAACCUUUGUUGGCAGAUGGAUUUCUGGACUUGGCUCUGACAAGUUUGGAGGUAUUAUAUGCAAAGCUACUAGCUGGAUAUGAUGGCCAAUCAGAUAUAAAUGUCCUUAAGAAUGAUGUGGAAAAGGACCUUUUCAAAGUCCACUCCUAUCGGGCAGAAUCAGCUGUGAUUCAGUGUGAUCAUAUGAACGCAGUGACUUGUAUCCAACGCUGUAAAGAUAUACUGCUCCGAAUACCUAAAGAGACAGGUUAUUUGUCCCUGCUGUGUUACAAUUUUGGAAUAGAUACCUAUCAGCAGAAGAAAUACGAAGAAAGUGCUUUCUGGUUGAGUCAGAGCUACGACAUUGGAAAAAUAGACAAAAGAUAUUCCCCUAGUUCUCCUGUGCAGGCAAAGGUUUUGCGCUUAUUAGCCAAUGUUUAUCUCGAAUGGGACGUCAAGCAACACCAGGAGAGAGCUCUCAAUGCUGUCAUUCUUGCAAAUCAAGAGAAUCCCCAUCCAGCUGGACUCUUCUUGAAGAUUAAAAUCCUUUUGAAGGGUAUUUUUCCUGAUCCAGUCAUAUCAGCAGCAGUCAGUGAUCUUCUGGGAAAAGUCUCGCUUGAUGUGUGUCUUGAAGCUGCAAAACUCCUAUUGGAACAUGACCGGGAUAAACUGUCCUUUGAAUUUUUGACAACUUUGUCUAAGCAGUUUGAAACCAGUCAUGAUAUUGGGAAGAUUUUGUUGAUGCAUCUUAUGCAACUGCUACAAAGAGGCAAGGAUGAACUUGCCAAGCAGAAAAUUGAAGACAUUAUAGUUGGUCAUUACUCAGGGAAACGACUUUCUUCAGAUAUUCUGACUCGAUUCCACAUUGUUCUUUGGGAAAAGGCAACCAAGAAUUUUGAGGUACAAAAGUGUACAGAGGCUCUUCAAUGGUACAGCUAUUCUUUAAGUUUCUUUUCUGAUGGACAACUAGAUCAGAACCUGGCUAGAUUACAAAGGAACAGGGCAUUGUGUUAUCUGCGUCUGAAUCAUCUAGAAAAGGCAAAAGAGGCUGUAAAAGCUGCAGAACAAAUUGACCCAGAUAAUUUCUUCACACAGUUCAAUAUCUACAAAAUUGCCAUUUUGGAAAGUGAUACACAAAAAGCUAUGGAGGCAAUUAAAGCGAUCGGAAAACUGGCAGAAAAGCUUGUGGAGUGUGAACAUAACAUCGUAACCAAUAGAAUUUCAGUGACUGAUUUUUUGAGUCUUGCUGCACAUUUUGCUUUAGAGAAUGACCAGGAAGAUGUUGCCAGAAUGGCAUUUGAGUAUUUAUGUGAAUACUCCCAAGACUGCAGUCAAUUGUUAACAGCUCUCAGAUGUUUAAUUCGCCUUGUUCCGUCGAUUACAGGCACAGAUGAUCAACAAACCAGAUUUGAGCGGCUGGACUCUCUUAAAUCAUAUUUAAAGGCUGCUCAUGAAAAACUAAUAGUACACAUGGCUGAGGGAAAGAUGACUGUUGAACUGAAGAGUAGUGAAGCAAAUUGGUUUCGAAAAAUAGCCUGGAAUUUAGCUCUGCAGUGUGAGAAUUGUCCAAGCAGAAUGAGAGACUUUUUCACUCUUUCUUAUCAGCUUUCACAGAUGGUCUCAACUGACAAGGCCAUUCUAAUUGGUCAAAAGACUUCUUUAUUAAUGGCUGCAGCAGCUAGUCUCGAGAUAAGUCGGAAAUCACCAAGUACUUCAGAGCAGAUUGCAAGUCUGACUCAGGCACGGGAGCACAUACAAAUUUGUUGGGACAUUUGGACAACACUGAAGACCACAGUAGGAGGUGAUGUCUCAAAAGAUCCAACCGAAACCCUGUUACUUCUGUAUGAGUUUGAAGCCAGAGCUAAACUGAAUGAUCCCAAGAUAGAGGAUGUAUUGGAGCGAAUGUUGCAACUUCAAAAGAUAGAGCCCAAAACACUGGAAACCUUGGCAUCAUUAGCCAUGGAAUCUCCUGCUCACUACCCAUCAGUUUGUAAAAAGGCCUUGAAAAUUGCCUUCUCUCUUCAAAAGAAGCAGCCUGAUAAAGAUGUGAUACGAUGCAGCAAAUUGCUCCACAGCCUAAUCCAGAUCUCACUCCCAACGGGAUUAACGGAAAUUGAACCCCAGGUCCUUGAGGAGGUCUGGUGGUACUAUGAGGAAGCACUCAUGAUGAUUGAAAAUUCGCAAGAGGAAUACCCAGAGGUGGAGAUGCUUUGGCUGAUGACUCGAGCUUGGAACACUGGGGCUUCCUUAUAUAGUUUGGGUAAAUACACUGAGGCGGAGAAGUGGUGUGGACUUGGAAUGCGCUUCCUCAAACAUCUGGGAUCUCUCCGGGCGAGUUAUGAAAGCCAGGUGCUGGAUGUCAUGGAUUUGAACAGUGCUGUUGAAGAUACCUCGAUGAUAGGUCUCUACGCAGAAAUUUUGGAUAGAAUGGACAGAGAAAAGAAGGUACUCCCUGUUGAAGAAUAACAGAAUAGUAAAGCAUUUCCUUUCAGGAAUGUGAGGAUAUGAAUUCUUAAUAGUUAACUUGUAUCUAAAUUAUUAAUUUUGUUUGUUCUUUUAAGGUUUUUUUGUUGACCAUAUUUACAUUGAUUUCAUAGAUGUUCCUAACUAUGGUAAGUUCAGUUGAAAGAAUGCCAGAGAUGUUGACUAAUAUGUGGUUCAUAUGAAAUUUGUCAGAAGUGGUGCAAAUGUCGAUAGGAUAUCUGCAGAAAAAAACUCGAGAUGGUAUUCUGGGGAUAGCUUGUCAUAUUUUGGAUUGUGAAUGUAAAAUUUGUAACAGUUCUCUCAUUUGUAGACGUGUUUAGAAAAUGUUAUGGAAUAAAAGAUUUAUUAGGAGGUAAAACUUGACCGUCAGACUGAUUUCAUUUGCAUUGUAAAUGCUUUGUUGCCAGACUGUCACUGUGUGCAGUGUUUUAUAGGUGACUUUAUGUAAACGGACAUGUUUAAAAUAAAACCAACCUUUCUGUUGAAUGACUGAUCAUUGUUACAAAUUGCUUAUAUGUCUCUGUAAAAGUGACAUUACAGACCAGGCAUCCUAAAGAUGUCCUAACCCUUAAAUUUGAAGGACAAUUCAGAAUACUUAUUGACCUUUGUGAAAUUGUAAUAAUUACAUCUCGACAUUUUCAGGUAAGCAACCCAAAUGGGAUCAGUUGAAGCUCCCAUAUUCACUGUCUCCAUAGUGGCAGAAUCAGAUUACACUGUCUCAUGUAUUCUAGUUGUCAAGGAGACUAUAAUCGGGUUACAGUAACUGUUUCAUUAUGGUUUUUGAGAUUCCAACUGCCAUGAGAAGCUAUGUUAUCAUCUUUGUUGGUUUCACUUAAUAUGUUUUGAAUUGAAAUCAAUAUGUUAAGCACCUCCUUUUUUGCUUAACCAGCAUUGCUUGCAAGACCAGAGAUUAGUUGCCCAUCUGUAACUGUUUGAAAGAAGUCUUGGUGAGCUGACUUCUUGAACCAUUGCAGUCUACCUGGUGAAUUACUGUUAGGCAGAGCCAAUUUGUUUGCAUAUAGUAUAUACCAAUUUUUAUAUUAUUCAUAUCAACUCAAAGGUACAAUGUAUCAUACACUUCAGGCCAGUAUUCUGGGUCACUCGUGCACUUUUCUGCCUCUUUACUGGCACUUCUUAAGUACCACUCCCAGAGCUCACAUAAAGAUCAAACAUUUUUCUGAAUGGGGAUGAAGUAUCAAUCUGAAUAAUUAUAUAUAUUGUUUACCGUUCUAUAAUUGAAAGUGUGCUUUUAUCUUAGUAAAUUAAUCCCAAUUAUUUCGUAAAACGACAAUACAAUUAUCUCUAAUCCUUUUGAGAAAAUAAGAUUAGAUUAGAUUACUUACAGUGUGGAAACAGGCCCUUCGGCCCAACAAGUCCACACCGCCCC